AUGAAAUUCAUCACCAUCACUGUAGCAGGGCUGAUUCUACUCGAGUCCGCUCUGGUCUACUGUCAAGACAGUGCAGGAUUGAUGAGACUGGCUGCAAAUGCUGGUAUUUUUGCUGACACAGGAAAUGCUAUUUCCACCAAUUCUAGUGUGGAUCAGAAUUGUUUAAGUGACCUUCCAGAAGUUGUCAUGGCUUGGUUGCAACAUUUCAAUGCCAUUGUACUGGAAACCUUUGUUGUUAGUAGCGGUCAUUCCAUAUCUGGCCCGCUUUACGUUCAAGGGCAAUUCAUAGGCCAAUUUUAUUCUGUUAAUGGUCAAAGCACAGUUGAUUGCAGCCCUGAGAAUGAAGACAUCAUCUCCAACACCGGUCUUGUCAUUGAUUUUACCACUGGCACCUAA